UAUUUGACAAGAUUGCUUUGUAAUAUCAAGGAGAAAAAAUUGCAAAAUAUAACAAGAGGGCAGCAAAUAUUUGAGGACUACUGGAUGGCCGUAUCAUUUCUUCAUAUAAAGAACUCAUAUGUAAAGAUGACUAAAUAUAAACGCACAGACUUUGAGAAUGAGGAGUCAUCUAACACGACGGGUCAAGAAGCUGAAGGACCAGUGGAGAUGAAGGAGGAAAUUGGUUUCCGCAAUUUGAGCAAAACCAGCAAGCUAAGGUCAAAACUGUGCACUAAAAAAGCAUUAAUUCUUGCGUUAAUUGGUGUUUCAGUGGUGCUUCUUUUCUGUGUAAUUGGUCUUGCUGUUCAACUCCAAAAGUCAAAGAACAGGUACUGUUUGACUCCAACUUGCGUUAGUGUAGCAAGCAGCGUUAUCAACUCCAUGGAUAUAUCAGUGGAUCCAUGUGAAGAUUUCUAUAAAUACUCAUGUGGGGGCUGGAUUAAAUCACACCCCAUACCAGAUGGCUCAACCAGAUGGGGGACAUUUGGAACUGUUUGGGAAGAAAAUCAGUCUGUCUUAAAAAGAGAACUUGAAAAAGAGCCAGAGGGAAAAGUUGACCCAAACAAUGCUCGAGAAAAGGCACGCCGAUUAUACAAGUCAUGCAUGGAUGAAAACAAGAUCAUAGAAUCAUUGAAAGGGCAACCGCUGUUAGAUGUACUAGAUAGUUUAGGUGGAUGGAACCUAUUGGAGGACGUGCAAAAUCGUAGUUUUGACUUCAACAGUACAUUGAUUGACAUUGCAGUUAAGUACGACCUAGAUCUCAUUCAACCAUUUUAUGUUGUGGAAGAUGAAAAGAAUUCAAAAGUUCAUAUCAUAGAGGUAGAAAUACCAUCCUUGACUUUGCCAGACACCGAAUAUUAUUUGAAUAAGACAGCAAAUGCAGAUGUAUUGGACGCUUAUACUGAGUACAAUGUAAAGUUGGCUGUGUUGUUAGGUGCUCCGGAAAACAAAUCAAGAAUUGCAUUCAAAGAGGUGCUGGAAUUGGAAACCAGAAUUGCAAAUAUCACAGAUUUAAGCCCAGCAAGUACCUAUUAUAAAACCGAUGUCAAAUACUUACAGCAGAUCAUGCCAGCGAUUGAUUGGAUAUCGCUUAUGUCUGCUAAGUUCAAACCGGUGGAUAUCACCAUUAAACCAUCAGAACCAGUCGUAUUGUACAAUCAGGAAUUUAUAGUUAAUCUGUCAACAAUCCUGUUGGAAACAGAGCCUAGGGUCCUGCACAAUUACAUGAUGUGGCAAGUUGCAGAUUCUAUGGCAGAAUGGCUGAGUCAUGAGUUUACCGAUGCAGAACUUGAACUUGUAAAAGUUCUCUCUGGCAAGAAAAGCCCUACACAAAAAUGGCGGUUCUGUGUCGCCGUGGUGGACAAAUUGAUUGGAAUGGCUGCUGGUGCUAUGUUUGUAGAUGCUGCAUUUAAAGGUGGUGAUAGGAAAGCUGCUAAAGUUAUGAUUGAAGAGAUUCGUGAUGCCUUCAAAAACAAUCUUCCUGAUUUAGCGUGGAUGGAUGAUGAAACCAGGAGAGUUGCAGCAGAAAAGGCUGAAGCUGUAGUUGACCUCAUAGGCUUUCCAGAAUUCAUAAUGAAUGAAACGAGGUUGAAUGAUUAUUAUAAAAUUUUGACCAUCAACAGCACACAGUAUUUCGAGAAUAAUCUUCAGGUUCUAAAGGAGUCUGAAUUGGAUAUGUUGAGAAGCUUGCGACAACCUGUUUUAAGGCGGGAAUGGCUAAUGACUCCUCCAACAGUCAACGCUUAUUAUAUUGCCACUAAGAAUGAAAUAGUUUUUCCUGCCGGUAUUCUUCAGGCUCCAUUCUAUGAUGUUGACUAUCCAAAAUCUCUGAAUUUUGGUGGAAUUGGAGUUGUGAUGGGCCAUGAGUUGACGCAUGCAUUUGAUGAUGAGGGUCGUCGUUUUGACAAAUAUGGUAACCUACGACCCUGGUGGAACAAUCGGAGCAUAGAAAGAUUUGAAAACCAAUUGGAUUGUAUGGUUGACCAGUAUUCAAAAUACAAAGUUGACAAUGACAACGUUGAUGGGCAGCAAACUAUUGGGGAGAACAUUGCUGACAACGGUGGUCUUAAGUCUGCUUUUCAUGCAUAUCAAGAGUGGGUACAUGAUCAUGGUAAAGAAAAAGAAUUACCCGCCAUUGGACUCAGUCAGGAGCAGUUGUUCUUUGUUGGCUUUGCUCAGGUGUGGUGCACCUCUAGCACACCUGAAGAUGCACACCUGCAAAUCUUGACAGAUCCUCAUAGCCCAGCUAAGUACAGGGUCAUAGGAACAUUAUCUAAUUCAGAGGAUUUUGCUGAACUUUACGAUUGCAAAAAGGGAUCAAGGAUGAAUCCAGCUAAUAAAUGUGAAGUUUGGUAAAGCCAAGUGCGGAUUACUCUCAACGCCAACAUGACACGCAUUGUAAGCUAGUGAUGGCGAGUAGCAUUUGGUAUGUGGCAGCUGACAUGAAGCAUGUGACAUGUGGUAACUGAAGUGAGGCAUAUGUGAC